AUGGCCGAUGUGGACCAUACGUUCCUAUUGGCCGAAUUUCUAUCAGGGCUGACAUACGAAGACCUUCCUUCUGAGGUCAUCCAACAAGCCAAAAAGUCGAUCCUCAACGCCCUUGGUUGUGGUCUGGGGUACGCUCAACACGGACCAGCAGAGAAAGCAUUCUUGUUGAUUCAAAAUGGCCGAUCUUGCGAAGAUGCCACGAUCCUUGGUCGAAGACAACGUGCAAGCGUGGAGAAUGCAAUUCUCAUCAAUGGUAUUGCGAUGACGACUGCGGACUAUGAUGAUACGCACCUCAAGACCGUCAUUCACCCGAGCGGCACAUCGCUUGCUGCGUUACUUUCUUGGGCUGAGGUCAACCACAUGGCCGGCAAGGAUUUUUUACUCGCCUUCAUCUGUGGUGUGGAGGCGCAGUGUGCUGUUGGAAAUGCGGUUUCCCCGGCUCACUAUCGGGAUGGAUGGCACAUCACCGGCACGACCGGCACCUUUGGCGCAGCCGCAUGCAUUGCUAAAGCGAUGAAACUUGAUGCAAAUCAAUUUGCUGCCGCUUUGGGACAUUCUGCUUCCAUGGCGGCGGGUAUCAGAGCAAUGUUUGGCACUGAUACCAAAACUCUGCAUAUGGGUAGAGGUGCUCAGAAUGGUCUCCUGGUUGCUGAACUGGCUUCUCAUGGAUUUGCAAGCUGUUCCAGAGCCAUCGAGAGUUGGGCCAGAUUGGUGUCGACGACAGUCAACGAAGACGCGUCAUCAGCUUUAACUCGAGGCGGCGGCUACCAGAUUCUCGAGAACACCUUCAAGCCCUACCCAUGUGGUAUUGUGAUUCAUCCUCUGAUAGACGCAGCUCUUGAGGCACAUCGUGCCGCUGGAGAAUACUCCGCAUCAACAUCCGCUGGUGGGUCAGCGGAGAAAGUCACAGGAAUAGAGAAGAUCAACGCCACUGUCAGCCCACAGUGCGUCCGCCUAUGCUCAGUCCGACAUCCAACCACAGGUCUCGAGACGAUCUUCUCGCUCUACCACGGCAUUGCGGUGGCACUUGUCCAUGGACAAGCUGGUCCAGCCCAAUUCUCAGACCCGGCCUGCAAGGAUCAAGCAAACAAGCAGCUCCGCGAUAAAAUCGAGGUGCAGAUUGAUGAGAAUCUCGCAGAAGAUUCAGCCUCACUGGAGAUUUUGUUCGCCGAUGGACAAGAACGAACUUUCCAUGUCGAGCAUGCAAUAGGCUCACUGGCGAGACCGAUGACUUCUGAACAGCUUGAGGACAAGUUUGUGGACUUGGCGAGUGGUGUUUUGGGCCGACGUCAAGCAGACCAGGUGAUUGAGAGGUGUUGGAGCCUCAAUCGCGUCCCUGAUAUGCAAGACUUUAUCGCGCUCUUGGUUCCAUCAUAG